AUGAGUAAAGUCGUUGGCCAACGAACCGCAUUCGGUUGGCUUUUAUCAGGACCAAUCCAAUGCAACAGCUUCUACAAAGUCAUGAACGUGCUAACGACGAUGAGAAAGUACAGGCUCGUUUUUGGCAGCGAUAUAAUCAAAAUGUUCAGACAGAUACGAGUCCAUGAGGAUGAUUGGGAUCUACAGAGAAUACUGUGGGUUGAUGCAAAUCAACAAAAAAUCAUCUACCAGUUGACCACAGUCACCUACGAUCUCAAUUGUUCACCAUGGCUAUCACUCAGAGUACUUCAACAAUUGGCUGAAGAUGAAGGGGACCGCUUUCCAGCAGCAGUAGAGACAAUCACCAAUGGUCGUUACGUAGACGAUAUUUACGGCGGUGCAGAAUCAGCAGAAGAUUUCAAGGAAAUAGCAACUCAACUACAGGGUUUGUGUCAUGCAGGGGGUUUCUCUCUCCAGAAGUGGAGCAGUAACUGCCCAGAGAUAUUGCAUGAACUAGGACUAUCAACGGAGGCGAUGGUUCAAUUUGAGAAAUCCAUCACGAAGCUACUUGGAUCGUGUUGGCAUCAAGCUAGCGACACAUUCAGGUACAAAUCCAGGAAGUUCAACUCAGCAGUGAUCACCAAGAGAGUGCUCUCAUCCGAGAUAGCCCAGAUAUUUGAUCCACUGGGUUUCAUCGCUCCAGUCGUCGUCCAGGAGAAAAUCCUCCUUCAAGAGCUAUGGAAAAUCAAGGUGAAUUGGGAUGACCAACUUCCAGACAAUUAUAAAGAACGAUGGACGACAUUCAGAAAGGACCUCAACGAUCUAGAUAAGCUAUCUGUACCUCGAUGGCUACGAUUAUCAACAGAGACAUCCAACAUCCAACUUCACGGGUUCGCAGAUACCUCAGAAGCAGCCAUGAGCGCAGUAGUGUACAUUCGUACCGAGAACAUCAACGAGCCAACAUCAACAAUCUUGGUGGGUGCAAGAACAAAAGUAGCACCCAUCAAACCCAUGACCAUCCCGCGUCUAGAACUAACAGCAGCACUUCUCCAGAUGCUUCAACUCGACCAGGUAGAAACCUAUCUCUGGUCGGAUUCAUCAGUGACGCUGGCUUGGAGACCUGAGUGGAUCAAUCAGGAUCCUGAUGAUUGGCCACGAUCAUCAAUCGACGCAACAGCACUGGACAACCCAGAAGUCGCAAAGGAAGUGAAACCAACGCCAGCACAUCCAGUUGCUCUUCAAGUAAAUCGAGUCGGUGAGCUCCUCAACAGAUACAGCAAAUUAGAGAAAUUACUGGCAGUCACAUCAACAAUCAACAGAGCAAUUGACCGAUUCAGGAGGCAGCCAGUGUCCCCGGGACCUGUCCUGAUAACAGAAGAACUCAACGACGCUAGGCUGUUCUGGGCGAAGUUGACACAGCAUCAAUACUUUGCAGCAGACCUGCGAGCACUUCACCGAAAUCAUCAACUUCCGAGAAAUCAUCAACUAGCAAAUCUCACACCAGUACUAGACCAUCAAGGGAUCAUGGGACUUGAGGGACGCCUCAAGAACUCCCAAUUAAAUCCUGACGAGAAUCCACCGAUAAUCCUGCCUCGAAAGUCUCGAUUUACAACGCUAAUGAUUGAAGAAGCUUACCGAAAAAUACUACAUGGAAGAAUUCAAUUCACCUUGGCCCACACUCGUCAAUGGUGUUGGAUAAUCGGUGGCAGAGGUACAGUCAGAGCCUACAUUCUGCGCUGUGCUGUCUGCGCCAGACACAGAGGAAAAUUAGCUCAACAGCAGAUGGGUCAACUUCCAGCAACUAGAAUCUCACCAGCAAGAGCAUUUCUCCACACAGCAGUGGAUUAUGCAGGGCCAUUUGAUAUCUUGAAAUGGCGACCAACGAACGCUCAACCAGCAGUUCACCUAGAGUUAGGCAACAGACAGACGACAGCAACAUUCACCGGAGCAUAUAAGAGAUUCACCGGGAGACGUGGUAUUCCAGCUGUCAUGUACAGUGACAAUGCCACCACCUUCUUUGGAGCAGCUGACAUCCUAGAGAAGAUUUAUCGUCAACCAUCAGAAGAAAAUCAACGAGUUCAAGCAGCCCUUGCCACACAUGGGACUCAAUGGAGCUUCUCACCACCACGAGUACCCCAUUUCGGUGGUAAAUGGGAAGCAGCAGUCAAAUCAACGAAGCAUCACCUGAAAAGAGUUCUAGGAUCAACAACACUCACGUACGAGGAACUCAACAGUAUGAUAAUUCAGAUAGAGGCUUGUCUGAACUCGAGGCCAAUAUGCCUCAUGUCCGACGACCCAGACGAUCUACAAGCGCUAACCGCUGGUCAUUUUUUGAUCGGCGAGCCUCUUCAACUAAUACCAGAGCCAUCCAUCAUCAACGAGAACCCCAUCAAACUACAGAGAUGGAACCUGGUAACCUAG